ACUUCUUUUGUUACAACAAACAUUAUCAUAUCAAAUUACUAAUCCUCGUUCUUCUAUAUAUAUAUAAACCCCUUUUUCCACUCCUUCCCCUCCAUUCCCUGAAUCACACAUCUUGUCCCUACUACUGUCAUAUAUCAUCCCAUAAUUAGUUUCCUGUGCAACUCCAUUAAAUAUACAACGUGUCUUCCAUCACUACAUCCCUCUCCCACAACAAAUAAAGAGAGAGCAAUUAGAGAUAGCCGCAUAACUAAAAGUGAAUGAAAUGGAGGAUACGACGAAUCCGCAGAGCAGCACGGCGGUUCAACCGCGAGCUCGUAUUCUCCCUAUAAGAAAGAAUUCGCAUGUGGCGAGCGCGAAGUUGAAGCCCAAGAUCAGAAUUGUGCACAUAGUUGCACCGGAGAUCAUAAAGACCGACCCCGAGAAUUUCCGCGAGCUCGUGCAGAAACUCACUGGGCAGCCCACAAAAGGUAUUCCCAUGCAGAAGAAGAUCAACAAGUAUAGGAAGAAGAAUUCGCUUCCUGCCUCGGCUAUUCAUGCAGACGCUGUCAAUGGAUUAAUAUACGGAAUGAACGAAGAGGCAGAAGAUGGUGGUUUAUUUCGAGAUUUCGGGGGGAUUAAUUACUGGGAUUUUACAAGGGUUUAGUGAUCUUUCGUAAUUGGAGGUACAUGUACAACUGCUUCUCUAAGGUUCUUUUUUUUAAAAAAAAGAAGAAGAAGAAGAAGAAAUAUUAGAAAAUUAGGAUGCUGGAUCAUGGUUCUUCUUUUGAAUUGAUUAUUUGCUGAUAUGCGGAUUGUAGGUGCGUGGCUUGUAUUCCUUUGUUCUUCUAUGUAUGUUGAUUUAACUCUUCUAAUGUAUACGUACGUAUGUUGAUUUUUUCUUUUUCCCUUUUUAUUCUUUUUCUGUUAUUGCUAUUAGAGAGAGAAACGACUGGAGAAAUUCUAACAUAGAGCUUUUCAUUAUCGCCGUUAAAUAGAGAGAGGGAAUUGUUUGACUCCAUAUAUAUUCUCGUCCUUCAAAAAUGAAUGACACACAGUUUAUCUUA